AUGGUACCGGCGCAGGAGACGGCGAAGCUGGUGCUACAAGACGGCGAGCUGCACGAGUUUGCUAGGCCGGUGAAGGCGACCCACGUGCUGCAGACGAUGCACCCGGCCUUCUUCGUGUGCGACGCCGACGACAUGGUGUUCGACAGCCAGGCGCCCGCCGCGGACGAGCUGCGGCCCGGGAAGAUCUACUUCGUGCUCCCUGUCUCCAUGCUCCGACGCCCGCUCCACGCAGAGGAGAUGGCCGCGCUGGCCAUGAAGGCCAGCGUCGCCCUCAUGGGGAAGGUGAUGCCGGCGGCCGUGUUCGAAAAUACAAUUUCGGCCAGUUCAAAGGUUCCCGGCGCGGCGAAGCGGCAGAGAAGCGCCGCUAAUGGCAAAUGGAGAAGUGGAAAGGGCCGGGAUUUUAUUUCCCAUUUGGGAUUGAUUCCAGAGUAA